AAUUACAACGCAAAUCUCAUUUAUUUGCCGCAACUCGAGGCGUUCGCACCAAAUAUUUAAUCUUAAGCGAUCAGCGUCAUUGAGGCUCUUCGGAAAGUAAACCGCGAUUCAUUGUCAAGCUGUUCGCAUUUCUGGCUUGUAUCCUCGCAUUGGUCAAGCAUUACAACAAAAAUUCGAAACAAAAAACGGUAUUUAAAUCGAUUCGACCGUAUAAUUACGCUCGUAUCCGCGCUCAUUACGAGGUGUCCUGUGUAUGGAUCCACGAAAAUAAAUAUUUUAACCAUUUACCUAUUAGAAGUUAUAAAAAAAGAGCUACUUCCUCAAACAAUCUAAACUAUGUCAUCUACGCAUCAGCAACCAAGACCAAAUAAUCGCUAUGCUGUAGGCAUCACGAUGCCUGCCAUUCUCUAUACGCUGCUCUUCACAUUGCCAAGCACCCUCGCCGGUGGCUAUACAUUUAAUUCCGAGAGGCUCUCAACGCCAACCUCAGAGAUUGCCUCCAAAGUGCUCUUUCACAGUCCGUCCUUGGCAAAUAUCUACAAAGAGAUGAUCGUCUCGUCAAAACCACUAAAUCUGCGCAAAUAUAGCAAUGGUUCCAAGGUGAAAAAAACGAAAAAGGACUCUAAAAUCUAUUACAUACCAAUACCUCCAAUGCCAUAUCGUUAUAUUCCCGGAGUGGGUUUCGAUUACCAGCCCAUGAAGAUUAAACCUAUACUUCAGGAGGAAUCAUCAUUGCCGUCAAGUAGUUUGAAUGGAUUGAAUGAACUCACACAGAUGAGUGCUGGAAGUUCGGAAAAAGCAACCGCCACCAUAAAUCAGCAGACCACAUUGAACCAGAAGACACAAAAUAACUGGCAUAGCCCCGUGGAUUAUGUUAGCAUAAACUAUGCAAUUCCUAAUAAAAAGAAAAUCGAAAUAGCGGCAAAUGCACCGAUAGAUGUUGCAGGCGGCGAGAGUAAACUCUAUUCCAUGGACCGCGGGAAUUAUUACUUCAAUGGACGACCAUUUAGACUGCAGGUGGCGCAUGCGCAACCAAAGAAUCUGCUAACGCCACUUAAUCUUAAAUCUAAAUUAUAUUUUAAUAAGAAAAUUAUUUAUUAAAAAUAUUAAA